AUGAGCCAAAAAACAGUCCUGAUAACCGGUUGCAGCGGUGGUGGCCUUGGAGAGGCAAUGGCAAAGGUUUACCAUGCCAAAGGCUUCAGAGUUUUCGCAACUGUGCGUAACAUGACCAAGCUUGGCUCACUAAGCGAUAAUAAGGAUAUAACUAUCCUGGAUCUGGAUGUUACAUCGAGUGAAUCCAUUGCGCAGUGCGCGAAAGUCGUUGAAAAACACACAGGAGGAACACUCGAUAUUCUCGUCAAUAAUGCCGGCAUGAGUACCGUUAUGCCAUUGUUGGACACUUCAAUAGAUGAAGCCAAGAAGUUAUACAACACCAACGUUUGGUCCGUUGUCGCGAUGGCACAGGAAUUUUCUCCGAUGCUUAUCAAAGCUCAAGGGGUGAUAUGCAAUAUCAGUUCGGUAACUGGUGAAAUGACUUUUGCGUGGCAUGGUGUCUAUGGGAGCUCGAGAAGUGCUGGGACUAGAAUAUCCGAAACUUUACGCCUUGAAAUGGCGCCUCUUGGUGUGCGAGUUGUCACGGUUGUGCUUGGGGGUGUUAAGACAAAUGGAAACGACCCGACAAAAAUCGCCGACCUUGAAUUACCUUCGGAUUCUUACUAUCACCAAAUAUGGUCGACCAUAGAUCGUCAUAAGAAGGUCCUGGUGCAUCCUGGUAAAGCAGAUGUGGAUGUCACAGCAAAUAACAUAGUCAAGGACGUUCUGGGACGGAAUGAAAAUUUCAUUCGACAUGGUGCAGCUUCCACCCUCAGCUGGUUCUGCAACACCUUCUUGCCAUAUGGCCUCUUCACAAGCCUUAUUAACAAAGAGUCUGGUCUCAAAUAUCUUGAGUUAGAAAAUCAAGACGAAUAG